UGACACCUGUGCUGUAUUGUCUACUUGAGCCACAAAUUUGAAUCAUGUGUUUUUUCAAAGGAAUAUUUACUUUUUAGCUUUAAUUUAUUGAACGGUAUUUUUACAAAUUUGAUAUAACUUGCAAAAAGUCCUAAAUGUAUCGCGCUAAAGCAACAAAAACACAUUGCCUGGGAUAAACAGGACAUUAAUUUGCUAAUCGAGUGCCGAGUCAUCGAUGAGAAAGCAAUGUCGCUGCUUGAAUACAGCGGGCAUCUAUUAUACUUCCUGUCCAGCGUUUCCUCUUCCUUUUUGCUGAACGUGUCAGCCAUGGCGCCGACUAAGAAGCACGUGGUGGUCAAAAAGCCCGGUGGGAAGAGGAAGAAGCAGAUUUUAAAGUUCACGUUGGAUUGCACGCACCCCGUGGAGGAUGGCAUUAUGGACGCUGCCAACUUUGAGCGAUUCCUUCAGGAGCGCAUUAAAGUCAACGGCAAAGCGGGCAGCCUGGGUGGCGGUGUGGUGUCUAUCGAGAGGAGCAAGAGCAAAAUUGCAGUCAGCUCUGAAGUUCCUUUUUCAAAGAGGUACCUCAAGUAUCUGACCAAGAAAUACCUGAAGAAGAACAACCUGCGGGACUGGCUGCGCGUGGUGGCAAACACCAAGGAGAGCUACGAGCUGCGUUACUUCCAGAUCAACCAGGACGAAGAGGAGGAAGAGGAAGAUUAAAAAAAGUACCUAAAAAACCCACACAGCUCAAUAAAAGACCCCAAAGAUGGAAGACUGUUUUUUUUCUUUUUUCUUUUUCAUUUCACUGCAGGAAAUCAUGCUCGAGUUUCCAAAUAAACCCGGAAAAUAUUUGAGGGCUCCGAAGUAGUGUGCUAUGUUAUCAUAUGAUCAUGUUUCGGUUAUGUAAUCUACCACAAGAGGUCAGAUAUUGAACACAGUUUUCUAUUCAUUCUUGGCAAUCUACAACUACAAUAUAAUAAAGAUGAUGGAUUCUUA